AAACACGCCCCUUUCAAACGCUUGUUGAAUAGGAAUGACAAGGAAACAUGACAAGCGCUAAAGAUGAAUCUCGUACACCGUUAACCGCGCGCGUCCUCAACCUUUCGCAUCGCUACGCCAUUUGAGCAUAGCUCUACCGCUGUAAAUCUGAACGGAGCCACGGGGAAAGCCGCUUGGGACCCAGCCAAAAAUUACAACUGAAAGCAGAAACCCAACCCUGCUUCGAUUACGCACCGAGAGAGGGAGCACGCUGAUAGUGACAGCGGCACUUCAACAAGUCCUGUAUGAUCGACCGUACUCUACUUGAUCCGUUUUCUGCCGUGCACCCUCAAAGGAUGUAGACCUCGGCCUGCUGUCUUUGGCAUGUACGUUUUAACGUGACUUAUCGCCAGUGGCUCGACAACGCUGUGUUUCAACAGGCAAUGCCUUCCUUACGCCGUUUGUGGCGCAAACUACAACCACGCGCGUGUGUCGGUGAUUCGUUGUUUUACGUGUGUAUACGUGUGUUGAUAAUUUAAAAUGACUAGGUUUUGAUUUAAAUACUUUUAUAAGGACGGAAAAUAGCGUAUUCUGCUGGGAGGAGCAAUAAGGAGGUCUAUCUACUCUUCGGCUUCCACGGCAAUAUCACGGUGUUUUUUUGAUGGAGCUGGAGAAUAUUGUUGCAAACACGGUACUCUUAAAGGCAAGAGAAGGUGGAGGAGGAAAACGGAAAGGAAGAAGUAAAAAAUGGAGGGAGAUUCUUCGUUUUCCUCAUAUCAGUCAGUGCACAGAAUUGAGCAAAACCAUCGAGCGGGACUACUUCAGCCUGUGUGAGAAGCAGCCCAUCGGGAGACUUCUGUUCCGUCUUUACUGUGAGACUCGACCGGAGAUGCAGCGAUGCAUCCAACUCCUGGACUCCAUGGAAGAAUACGAGGUGGCGCCAGAUGAAAAGAGGAAGAGUCGAGGAGAUGAGAUCAUCAAGAAGUUUCUCACCAAGCAGUCCUCUGAGUGUGUGGAUGUGGCUGAAGGUCUUGCUGAAAGUUGCAGAGAAAAUCUAGAACUGAGCCCCUGCAAGGAGAUCUUCAGUGACUGUCGCCAAACUAUUCAUGACUACUUAAGUGGUGCUCCGUUCUCUGACUAUCAGAACAGCAUGUACUUCGACCGCUUCCUCCAAUGGAAAAUGCUGGAAAGACAGUCCAUCACAAAAGACACAUUUCGGCAGUAUAGAGUUCUGGGGAAAGGAGGCUUUGGAGAGGUGUGUGCGUGCCAGGUGAGAGCCACAGGUAAAAUGUAUGCUUGUAAAAAGCUUGAGAAGAAAAGGAUAAAGAAGAGAAAGGGAGAGGCCAUGGCUCUAAAUGAGAAACAGAUUCUGGAGAAGGUCAACAGCAGGUUUGUGGUUAGUUUAGCGUACGCGUACGAGACCAAAGAUGCCCUGUGUCUGGUGCUGACCAUUAUGAACGGUGGUGAUCUGAAGUUUCACAUCUAUAACAUGGGAACCCCGGGCUUCGAGAAGGAGCGUGUGCAGUUCUAUGGGGCCAGUAUCUGCUGUGGUCUAGAACACCUUCACAGAGAGUCUAUCGUCUACAGGGAUUUAAAACCAGAGAAUAUACUUUUAGAUGAUAAUGGUCAUAUCCGGAUCUCAGACCUGGGACUGGCCAUUAAAGUGCCUGAUGGAGAACAGAUCCGUGGUCGAGUGGGAACUGUGGGCUACAUGGCUCCAGAGGUGAUCAAUAAUGAACGCUAUAGCAUGAGUCCGGACUGGUGGGGGUUGGGUUGCCUGAUCUAUGAGAUGACCGCUGGACGAUCGCCUUUCCGCGCUCGCAAAGAGCGGGUGAAGAGGGAAGAAGUGGAGAAGAGGGUGCAGGAGGAGGAAGAGGAGUACAGCGACAAGUUUUCAGAAGACGCCAAAGCCAUCUGCAGGAUGCUGUUAGCCAAAGAUCCCAAGCAGAGGCUCGGCUGCCAGGCGGAUGAAGGUACUGGAGUCAAAGCGCACCCGUUCUUUAAGAACAUCAACUUCAAGAGGCUGGAGGCCGGCAUUCUGGAACCUUCCUUUGUGCCCGAUCCUAGGGCGGUCUACUGUAAAGAUGUUCUGGACAUUGAGCAGUUCUCCACCGUUAAGGGUGUCAACCUGGACCAAACAGACAAUGAUUUCUACUCCAAGUUUGCCACUGGCAGCGUCUCCAUCCCAUGGCAAAAUGAGAUGAUCGAGACGGAGUGCUUCAGCGACCUUAAUGUAUUCGGGCCUCAGGGGACACGGCCCCCUGACCUGGAUUGGAACCAGCCUCCUGAGCCUCCUCGGCGUAGCCUGCUGGACAGGAUCUUUAGGAGACAUCAUCCAGAGGUGACCAUCGCUCAAAGCCGGGUCUCGUCUUCCAGUGUCAACUCUGUUGACUCCAUGUCACACUCUGCCCCCUAGUGGACAGAUCGCUGCGGGACUGCAGGGGACAAAAGCGAGUGAGUGAUAAAGAGAGGAAAGAAUAAGAGUGAGGAACUCCUCCUGCCCUUUAAAGACCAGUCGACAGAGCGCGGAAGAGUCCGUUUUCCUUGCCUUGGCCCACACUAUCCAUCAACGGCCCCGCCGAGAGGACAGGAGACAAAACAAAUCUCCUGUUUAAAGACUUUUUAUUUAUCCGUUUUGUGACAGAAAGGAGAACAUUUAUUCCUUCACCUCACGCUCCCUCAGGAUUGCUGGAACAUUAAAGAGCCACUGACAAUGACAGAAUAUUAACUCAUAUUAUUCAGGGGAUUUUAUUGACAAAGAGAGGCCUCCACAGGGAAUGGGAAGGGGGCUUUUUAUUUUUUAUUUUGCAAAGGAAAGCUAAUAUAGGGAACUUAAGAGACUUACGCACACACUCACAAACACACGCACACUCUCGUUUCUUCCUCCAUCCCUCUCGUUCUACCUACCCACCGCUUUUAUCUUUCCAUCUACAUGUAACACCUUCAUCCUCAACCCACAAUGUGCAUUGCCUUGCAUCCUCUCAGGCCAAAAAGAGAGCUUAUUACAGGAAGACACGUAUUUGAGUAUGUUGCCAUGUUUUACUGCAGAGAGUGAUAAAAGGCCUAAAAGCACAAGGAAAUUGGAGCUGCAUAUUCUUUCCUUCCCGUGUCAUCUGCAAAUUUUGUGAUAUCACUGAAAAGCAAACUCAAUUUGGCAGCUUCCGCCUAUUCCAGUCCACUCUAAAAUCCCAUCUUCUCCAGUCGCCGGACACUACGUGGUCUGCAACCAUAAGCUAAAAGUAUCAGUUCCUUUGUGCUUGAAGACCGUGGUUGUGAAAGGCGAAGCCAUCUCAGUGGGUGUGGUCUUUGGGUAGGUAGCCAAUAACAGCACAACUAAUCAGUCAGGGAGUUCUCAUUUCAUCGCAUUAUUCAUAAGUGGCUUAUUCAUCCGAUUUAUGAAAAAUAAAUUAUACUUCAGCUUUUCAGAGGCAAUUUGGCAUUGAAUCAGAGGAUAUUGCUGGACUCUUCAAUCUUGAGCUACUGUCAGAUUUUGCUGAUGUAAAAAAAGUUUAAAAAUGAGCUGGAUUUGGAUCACGCGGCUCCAAGAUGAGAUAGAAUUGACCAUCUAAUAAUACAUCCACACAGCCAAGCAUGUUCACUUUCUAGGACAACAAAACAGCUUUUUUCCAGAUUCGGUGUGUAAAUAUGCUUUCAUUUAAUCACAUUUCAACCACUAAUAGACUGAAACUGGCACCACUUCACUUCAGCCUUGACACACAAACACACAAUACAGCAUAUACAUGAUGUUUCAUACCAUUUUCAUGCAGUUUCCAAUCAGAUGCCAACUGGUAGAAAGACAUUUCAUUCAUCUUCCCCCAACUGUAAAUGUAUGCAUUUAAAGCAUAAAGGAUUUCCGUUGUAUAGACAUCAUAGGAAUCCAGAACACACAGCCCUAAAAUGCAUUUAUAUCCCGUGCAUAGAGAAUACAUGAUAGUUUUGGAGUAUUUAAGAAAAAUUGAUCAUUUAUAAGUAACAAAACGGAGCCACUCAAGAAGGAAUAGAAUAGAAUAUGUAUCUCAACUUCAUAAUCUUGCAUUUACAAUACCAUUCCAAGGUUUUCUUUUUAAGCCUCAAAGUUCAAUAGAGAAUCUCAAGACAAAUCAAGUGUAUUAAAAUGAUGACUUGAAGCUAUUUCACGAGUACGUUUGCUAAGUGCCAUGUAAUUUCCAAUCAUUAAACUGAUGUGUGUUUACCAAAUAAUGCAUCAGUUAUGCCAUUAAUCUAUAGUGCUAGAAAUUCCCUCUGCAGGGUUUAAAGUGAAAAAGUGUAUACUUUUUCACUAGUAGGUUCUAACAUUUCAAACGUCGUCUUCUCAUCUGAUGUAUGUGUAAUAACUGGUUAUUGCACUGUAUUGUGACGUUACAUAAAUUGCACUGCACACUGCAUGGUCAAUCAACUAUUCAUCGAGCGGGACCAAUGUGUCUGUUAGAAGGUUAAUGGUUUAGGGGUGUGAUAUCUGUGUAUACUAGUGCCAUGCUGUUCUCUGUGGUGAGACUUUAUACGCCACAUGCUUGUGAUGAUUCAUGGUCACUUUCAGGUGAAAUUUAGAAAAGAAUCAUGUUAAUGCAUUUCUCCUAUUUUAAAAACUUGUGGCCAAUGUUGAGAGUUUGUUUGGAAGUACUUUAUUUACCAUUACUGGGAAUAUUCUUCACUUUUGCCACUUUGUUGCGUAUGUAAAUUGAGAAAAUCUUCUAACCACAGUUGGUUAAUUGCUAUAGAACUUAUUAACUUGCUAUUAAGCUAAGCUAUUAACUUGUGUUACUGAUUUUACAGUGAAUUUGAAUCAGAAUUUCCCCCAAGUAUGCAUUGAUAAACUGCAUAUUAUUUUGUGUUUCUAGCACUCUACAGUAUAUCAUGAAUAGGGACUGAUCUUCUAAUCUGAUAUGAAAUGCUGUAUUGGCAAGUAAAUGUUGAUUUAGUCUAUGGAAACAUAAAGGAAAGGUUUUUCACUUUUUUUUUGUUUUGUUUUUCAUUUAAACAAAAGGGUUGUAAAUUGAAGGCCUGGUCGUUUAAACUUUAACUGUAUUGGUUUGUAUUUCUACAGUAUCCUCUGAACUAAUUUAACAAGCUGUAAUGUUUAGAAAAAUGAACCUUUCCCAGACUAAGAGUUAAUGCUUUGCUUAUACUUUCUGUAUGUCCUCCAUGCUUACAACAAAGUGAUGAAUGAACUGGUGGUGACAUGUGUAAUUGCUGCAUAAAAGGGAACUUUGCCUUUAAAACAAUGACCAAACUAAAAAUGAACUGAAGUGAUGUUUAUUUGGCAAGUAAACUCUGAAAUUAGAGAAGAUGAGGUUUUGAGAACAUGGUUCCUUUUGGAUUCAUUUUUUGUAUAGGUCAUUCUGGAGAUAGAUAACCCCAAUGAAGUGCCUCCUUUUUAGUAAUCUAGUCCAGGUUAGUGCUCAUGAUACGAUUUGCACUUUGUGUGUCACUUCAGUCACUCACACAAUGUAAACAUGCACACGCACAAACACUCACGUACACACACACACACACACACACACACGCGCGCGUUUUAAAGAGAGGUGUUGUACUACGCUGACUGCAUGUGAAGCCAAACCUGACAGUCCUUCUAAAUAAAACCUGUGCUGGCCUGAA